UGAGUGCUGCACGCGCCGAUGGUGCCCAGAAAAGCCUUCUAGGUAAGAAGCGCACUAUAGGUUUUGAUUAAAAGAGGGUUUUAGAGCAUUAAGUUGAGCUCUGUCAGGGGAAACAGCAGUGAGGUGCUCACGGGUCACCGACUCGGAUCUUUAUGGAUUAUUAUUUUUUCUGCAUCAACUGCAAAUCACGUGAGAUGAAUGUGCAAUGACAAUGUCCCGACACCGAGCGGUCUCGCGCAGUUCUCGAGGAACGGGCACGCUCUCACAUUCCUUCAUGUAACCGAGCACUUCAUCGCAUUUUUUACUGUGUUUUCUUUCUUUUUAUUUUGCUUUUUGUGUUGGUUUAUUUAAUAGCAAUGGCUUGGCCGUGCAUCAGCAGAGUCUGUUGCUUGGCUCGGUUCUGGAACCAGUUCGAUAAAUCGGAUCUGUCGGUUCCGCUAACGAUUCAGAACUACUCGGACAUCGCGGAGCAGGAGGUGAGAUCCGUCACCAAACUCGUUUCCACGGAACCGGCACCGAGCGUCGACUUCGUAACGCCGGAGCACGCUGCUGGAGUCCGGCGGCCGCACCGGGGACGGACCGAAACGAGUUAUAAACCCCGCGAGGACUAUCAUCCCCCGGGUGUGCCUUUCCCGAGCGUCACCCAGUAUAAACAGGAUUACAAACCCUGGCCCAUCCCGAAGAAGGAUAACUUUCCCUGGAUUAGUAACGGAGGGAAAGGCGGCACUUUAACGGACAGCCCGGUGAACGGUUACUCUAACGGCACGAGUCAACCGCGGGCGGACAGACAGGAGCGGAGCAGCAGGCAGAGAGGAGGAGAUCAGAUCAGCUCAUACAGACAGGAGUACCAGCCUUGGUCUGGAGCCCGGCCGCAAAAGCCCGCCCACAAACGGCCCACGUUCCUGGGUACAGGUGCUGAUGAGCCCCCGCCGGAGACCAGCUACCAGGCCGCCUUCAGCCCAGAUGCACACAGACACACGGACAUUGUUCCGGAGACCAGCACACACGGUCUGUCAGAGAAAGCACACACACACAGGACAGAGAUCAGCAUGAAACCAGAGGAGCCGAAGACUAAAUUGUCACCAAAUCCCUCUGCCGUCUUUCAAAGCAAAUCCAGGAUCUUCAACAUAUGAUCCAUCAAGCUCCCCACAUUCACGUCUGAUUCAGCCUUUCACUAGAAGAGAAAACCAUUUCGAAAAAGAAGGAAUGACUAAAGAGACAUCUGAAUGUUGGGAAACUGGAGUUAUUCUGAGAGACUAGGACAAUCAGAGGAAGAAAAUGCCUGAGGAUGAAUAGAGACGGUUUCAAUGAAGAGCAAAAUCAGUAAAACAGGCUUCUCUAAAUCAUUCCACUGAAGAAAUUACAGAACCAGAGGAGUUUUGCUGGAAAUUUACACAAUGUAAAAUCUAUGCAAGAGAAUGUAUGCUUCAAAUGUCAACCAUCUACUGGAAGGAUAUGUUUGUAAGGUUUAAGAGUGAGAGAAAGUGUGUGUGUGUGACUGAGAAAGUUUUCAGGCCUCAAAUUCUGCUCGCCCUGUCCCUGCUGAAUGAAUAUCUGCAUGUUUCCUAAUAGUUUUAUGAAUCGACUGAAUAUGCACAUUUAGAAAUGUUUAAAAGAAAAACGUAAUCUGGUAACUCUGGGUGUGUGUGUAUCCUGUACAAAGCUUUGUUAAUAGCAUUAUUUUGUAUAUAGUGAUGUUGGUUUGCCUUUAUCGAUCUGUUAAUGUCUGCCUGAGGAUGCCUGGUACUUCUAAUCACCUUUCUUGCUCCAGACUCACUAGCCCUUUAUGAAACCCACAUAGAGACUGUAACACAUUAAGAAUCUUUCACUGAUUUCUGGGCUGUCCAAUUUUUUUUUGUAAAUGUGGUUGAGAUAUAAAUGGGGAAAAUAUGGCAAAACUGUUUAAAUAAAAAUGAAAUUCUUAAAA